CAAGCUUCCCGAACGACUUCGACAAGACCGCGCAUCUGCACCCAUUGUGUCUUAAGGCGCCGUUUGUGCACAUUAUCAACCCGACAACGUCGCGUACAAUCAAAAUCAAUUCCACAAACGUUUUUCGAACAUAACAAUCACAAUGGGUUUCGACCGUGGUGGAAGAGGUGGCGGCAGGGGAGGCGGCUUCCGCGGUGGUGGUGAUCGCGGUGGUCGGGGCGGCGCGAGAGGCGGCGGCCGUGGUGGCUUCGGCGGUGGUCGUGGUGGCCCUGGAGGACGCGGCGGCGGCCGUGGUGGUGGUCGGGGAGCCCCCCGUGGCGGAGGCCGUGGUGGUCGGGGUGGUGGCCCGGGUGGGGCAAAGGGCGGCAAGAAGGUUAUCGUCGAGCCCCAUCGUCACAAGGGCGUGUUCGUUGCCCGCGGUGGAAAGGAGGAUCUGCUUGCCACCACCAACCUGGUUCCCGGCGAGUCAGUGUACGGCGAGAAGAGAAUCUCUGUCGAGAACGCCAACAAGAGCGACGAUGCUGUUGCGACGAAGACCGAGUACCGCAUCUGGAAUCCUUUCCGGAGUAAGCUUGCCGCUGGUAUUCUCGGUGGCUUGGAGACGAUCUACAUGAAGCCCGGAUCGAAGGUGCUCUACCUCGGUGCCGCCUCGGGUACCUCCGUCUCCCACGUUGCCGAUAUUGUCGGGCCAACGGGCGCUGUCUACGCCGUUGAAUUCUCCCACCGCUCUGGCAGAGAUCUCAUCAACAUGGCGACUCGCCGCACCAACGUUAUCCCGAUCGUUGAGGAUGCUCGUAAGCCGAUGGCUUACCGGAUGCUUCUCCCGAUGGUCGAUGUCAUCUUUGCCGAUGUUGCUCAGCCCGAUCAGGCCAGAAUUGUCGGCAUCAACGCGAAGCUGUUCCUGAGACAGGGUGGCGGCCUUCUCAUCUCUAUCAAGGCCAGCUGCAUUGACAGCACUGCCCCCCCUGAGCAGGUAUUCGCCAGCGAAGUCCAGAAACUCCGUGAGGACAAGUUCUUCCCUAAGGAGCAGCUGACUCUUGAGCCGUACGAGCGCGAUCACGCCAUGGUGUCUUGCGUCUACCUGCAGAAGGAGUUCGAGGCUAACUGAGAGCGAUCUCGUUGUGCUUCUUAACUUCUUUUUCAGGGCGUUUUCACAUUGGCUGGUGUUCAACAGGACGGUUGGCUUGUUUGAGUCUGGGCGGCGAAUGGCGUUUGGGGCUUCAUCUUCAGCAUGUGUGACUAGAGUAACACGAUGUGAAUUGUCAUCUGAGAGGAACCUGUCACUGCCCCUGCGCGGGUCCCCCUUACCCAAGUCCUUGCCGUCACCCGCCCUGGGUGUACGUCCUUGUGAGUUGUAGAGCACUGCGACUUUGCAAUAGGGGGCAACAACAACGGACACCCUGUCUUGCCCGUCGCGGGGCUUGGAUGGAACGCGGGGCCAAAAUAUGCUGAUAUAGCAAUGGGGUAGAUGCUAGUUGGUUAUGUGGAUGAGGUUGAUGUCAUGAUGCAAUACAAUGGUCUUCACAACGGCU